GCAGUGAGGGAUGGUGAUGUGGAAGAGAGGAAUGUGUUAGACGAAAGGGUUUUUAAUGCGCUUCCGAGCCCGAUUGCCGCUACGUGCGAGAGGCUGUGCGAUAGCGACGACGGAGCCACGACGACCAUCGCGGGGCUUUCGCGUGCGAAAAGGCCCGGUGCAUCCGGUUAAAAACCUUCAGCAGGGCGGUGGGAGCGGAGGAGCUGCGGAGAGGAGAGAAGGUAGCGGCGGAGGAGGAGGAGGCGGUGGUAGCAUCAGCAGCAGCAGCAAAGAGCAGGUCGCGGAGAAGGUUCUGGCGAGAGGCUGACAGCGCGAGCUUAGCUUCUCAUCGGCAGAAGGGCUUGGCUGCUCGGUUGCGAGAGAGAGAGAGAGAGAGAGAGAAGGAAGACACACACCGGCGAACAAGAUCGACGCCGAGGGCGAGAAAGAGAGAGAGAGAGAGAGAGAGAAAGGGAGUGAGUGAAAGAGCGGAAGGGAGAGAAGAGAAUCAGCGCGGAGGAUGACCGACUGAGAGAAAGUGCAGUGUCAAAGUCUGUGAUAGUAUUUAUUCAAAAACAACAACAACAUCGUUAUCAGUAGCACCUGUGGACGUGUCAUCUUCGUGAGAAAAGAGGACGAGCAAUCGCGCGGAGGAGAUAUAUUAUAUAUGUAUAUAUAGAGAGCGAGAGAGAGGGAUAGGCUUUAUAUAUUUAUUUACAUCUGUGAUAUCGCUGAUAUACAUCGACCUUCUUCGCGAGAAAAAGGAGCAGAGGAGUGAGAGAGAGAGAGAGCGGCGAGUGACGUGAUCCAGAGAGCAGGAGGGAGAGAAAGAGAAAGAGAUAUAUAUAUACAUUGCUCCGAAGAAAGAUUAUAUCAGUAUCUUAGUGGAUAGGGUUUUUUGUAUAUACGACUGACUCUUUUUUAUAAUUAUUGCUAUCGGUGCGAGUUGCCGGAGCGAAGAAACGCGCGCCCAGACCAGAUCUCUCCGAUCAGUGGUGAACCAGAGGAACUCUCCGAUCCUUUUUCUCUUUUCCCCGGACGGUCGUUCGCGCGAGCGACGAAGGUAUCAUGGUGGAGAAGAUUCUGGAGGAACGAGAGGACGGCACUCAGGAGGCCGGACGAGGCGAUGGCACCUGCCGGGACGUGACCUCGACGGGGGAGUCCAUGAGCGCGGUGCAGGCCCGUCAGGAGGAGGCGCGACGCAAGAGGCGCAGGAAGAGACGCUCCGGCUCCUCCGUGGUGUCCUCCUGCUUCCAAGAACUGUACAAACUGACAGGAGAAGUUCUUGGGGAAGGCGCCUAUGCCUCUGUCCAGACCUGUACAUCCCUCUACACGGACCUCGAGUAUGCCGUGAAGAUCAUUGACAAGAUCCCCGGACACGCGCGUGCCAGGGUGUUUAAGGAAGUCGAGACGUUCCACCAUUGCCAGGGCCACCCGAACAUCAUACAGCUGAUCGAAUUCUUCGAGGACGAGGAGAAGUUCUAUCUUGUGUUUGAGAAGAUUAACGGUGGCCAGUUAUUGAACAGGAUCCAAGAACGGAUUCACUUCACUGAGAGAGAGGCGAGCCAGAUUGUCAAAGAGAUUGCGAGUGCGCUCGAUUUUCUUCAUAAGAAAGGUAUUGCUCAUAGAGAUCUCAAGCCCGAGAACCUCUUGUGCGUGUAUCCGGACAAGUUGGCACCAAUCAAGGUGUGCGACUUCGAUCUUGGAUCAGGUAUCAAGUUCAACAACUCGCUGUCUAGUCCUGUGGCAACGCCGCAACUUUUGACACCGGUGGGCAGCGCCGAGUUUAUGGCGCCGGAAGUGGUUGAGGCUUUCAUCGGCGAGGCCAAUUAUUAUGACAAACGUUGCGAUCUCUGGAGUCUUGGCGUUAUUAUGUACAUUCUACUCUGCGGUUAUCCGCCUUUCUAUGGGAACUGCGGCACCGAUUGCGGUUGGGGCAGGGGAGAGAAUUGUCAGGCCUGUCAGGAAUUGCUCUUCACCAGUAUUCAGGAGGGCAGAUACGAAUUCCCCGACAAGGAGUGGCGAUGCAUCUCCGAAGACGCGAAAGAUUUGAUCAGAGGCUUGCUCGUUAAGGAGGCCCACCAGAGGCUCAGCGCCGAUAGUAUUUUGAAACAUCCCUGGAUUAAUCCCGGGCCGACUUCCGUCGAAACUGGUGAUCGAUCACUUACCACGCCUCAUAUCAUAAGGAGGAACAACUCCGCUAGAGAACUCUCAGCGUUCGCUGAGUCCGCAAUGGCUGUGAAUCGUGUGGUACUUCAGCAUUUCUCUCUAAAUCUCGAGGAGCUGGCGGAGAACCGGGAGCCCAGACUGUCUACGUCGUCGACCGACGAUGACAAUCAUCCGUAUGGUCACAUGUCCGAUUCCAGCAGCGAGCUGUCCGAGAACAGCAAGCACCUAACGCAUUCGUCCAGCGAGUUUGAUGGCACGCGACCAAAGUCCUGCUCCGUGCACUCCAGCAUCGAUCUGAACGAUCCCAAGAUCAUCGGCAAAAAUCGCGUCAUCGAUAAGGACUCGCUGCAGAAUUGGUUCGGGCUAUCACCGCCGACCGAGAGUCGUCUGAUGCAACGCCGUUUGAAGGCACGCUCGGAUCUGCUCGAACGUCAGACCGGUAAAGCGAUAAUUGCGUCUCCGAGUGGCUGAGAGGUCGCUGUAGAACCGAUCACUUUUUCUCGCUACAGUAUCACUUGUCUCUUUGUAGCUACGUGAAAAAAACGCGAACGAUGUACAAUACCUUUUCCAAUGGCUUAGGAAGCUAACAUAGCAUAAGUCGAGUCUCUGAUUCUGCGCGGAUAAUGAAAACAGGCUCAAUCAUUUAUGAUAGUGACGACAGCGAUAAUAAUCGAAAAGUAUUCGCCGCGAAAAGUUAUCGAACAGAGUAUCGUCGUUAUCUUCUUUUCAAUAGUCCUAAGCUUCUUUUGUUUUAAACUUUCCUUUUAACAGGCAAUUGAUAACCAGAUUGUUCUUAUUUCCAAUGAAAGCUUACUUUACUCUUUAAAUUAACUUCAACUUAAUUGGUAACGCGAUAAUUAUGACUUUAAAUAAUGUAAUUAUUAAAAUAACGUGUGUUAAGAAAAAUGUAUAAAAUAUAAAAUAAGGAAUUUAUAUAGAAAUUUACGUUUAAAAUAUAAAUCUUAAUUAUAUAAUAUAAUGAUGUGUGCGCUAUAAACGCAUUGAAAUGUACCCUGUCGCGGUACGCAAGGACGAUAUUUACCAUUAAUCGGAGCAAGAAGAAGGAUAAUUAUAUCGCAGUUUGACUUCAUUCAUCGACGUUGCGCUCCGUGCGCGAGUAAUUUUUUCGUGUUUCUUGGAAAUAAAAGCAAGUCUGAUUUCAUCGAAUGCGCUGUUAUCUUCGCUGCGUGUAAUUCAUUGAUUCACGCAGUCGUAUGUUGCAUAUUGUACAGAGAUAGCUACACAACACGCGCAUCGAACAUUGUAUCAUCAACCGCAGAUACGCAUACGAAUUUAUUUAUACAUUCGAAUAUUUUGUUCAUAUUCGCACGUCUACAUUGUGUUGUGCAAGUGAAUCAACAUUAUGGAUAAGCAUCCCGAGCAUUCAGAAAUACAGUUGAUGCCGUCAAUUGACGGUGGCACGGUCUUAUUCUUUCGCUACAUAGUAUAUAUGUUGAGACGCAUGCGCGCGUUCGUGUGUAGGACAGAACUAAAGCGGGAAGGAAGAAGGAAGAAAAUAAAAGACCCUCGUGAUCGUGAUAGUUCGUGCACUGUUGAACGCACGAAUGUCCUAUUACGUAAAUAUUAUUUUUAUUUUUUGUUUGCUGAAUUCUUUAAAAUCGAAAAAGAAAGAAAAAUAAAAAAAAAGAUCAACAGACGCAACCGACGUAAGGCGAAAAAGAUGUUCCUUUUAUUGCUUUUUUGAUAUUGUUUCACGUAUGUUCGAGCCAUAAUAUAAAUAUUCUCGAAUCCGGAGCAAACGGGUGAGCGUAUCUCGUCCCACAUGGUGCAGAUUAGUUUGCUCAUAUUAGGUUAGUAGAAACGCGAUAGAUCAUAAGUCGGCAAAGAUUUCAAAGCAACAUUUGAAUGGUUUGAAGUUACGCGAAUCAAAAAGAGAAAAUGGCUAGUUUGUUUAAAAUUUCUCAGUUGUUAAAUUACAGGCUAAUAUUAUCGUUUAUUGAUUUAUAUGUUAAAUAUUUUUUGUAGUUUUAUCGACCAAAAAUCGUUUUAAUAUCAGCCCACCCACGAUAAUGCUUUAUAUCCUCGUACAAAUUUAUUUGUCUUUUCUAAACCUUAUUCUAUAAUCAUAUGCACGAAUUUACAAAACAGUUUGGUUCAAAUGGAGGUGAAUCACUGAUACUACUUCUUUCUUACUUUAUCGUGUGUUUUAGACGAAAAAGGGUAAAGAUAUAGGAAAGAAUUUCUUUCAUUCACAUUUUGAUGCGGUGGACAGAUUUUUACUCAGGGCAGCUGGGGAGACCGCUGCGCACGGUAUUCUAUACUCGUACAAUUUGAAAGCGUUGAAAAAUGAGGGAGAGAAUGCGAAGAAGCUAUCUGUAAGAUUUACAGAGCGCGUAGUUCCUCCGGAAUUAACAUUGGAGUUGUUGGUAUUCGUUUUGAGUUUCUGCGAUCUUCCUUGCAGAAACGUUUAUAACUCCGGAGGGCUGCGCGAGCGUAACGUGCGUUUGUACAUUGUAAUUGCAUCAUGGAAAACUUUCUUAGAAAGUCAUUCGCUUGCUGUAGGACAACGGCGGAUAUGGCUUUUGUCAACCUCUGUCUUCUUUGUACUUUGUAAGUACCGGUAAGAUAAAGAUUUAGAGUUUAUAUAGCGCGCGUGGAUGAGAUUAUAUAAAUACAUAUAUAUAUAUGUAUACAUAUAUACAUAUAUAUAUAUACUAUAUAUACGAGGAACCGUGUAAAUAAAAAAAGCUAAAGGUGAUGUGUAGAGAUACGGAAAGCAAUAUAUAAUGCGAGCUCUCUUAAGAGGAAAUAUUGGAAGAUUAAUAUAUUCAUCGGCCUCUUUGCGCAAGACUAAACAACUUUUUGCGUCAUUCCUUGAUUAGCUGAUAACACAAAAUUGUCUUUUUACCGUAAAGAAAAAGCUCAUUUUCCCCCGUUUGUCUUUUUUGAUUCGUCUUGCGCGAAGUUCCAUACGGUAUAACCCACAUUACGCAUUAAGCAAUUAAACCUACUGUUCAAAAGAGCUACACAAAAUUGUUCAUCAUCUCUUCUAUCAGGUCUUGAAACGAAGAGAUCCUUUUUUUGUGUUGAUCGUGCGUUUUGGUAAAGUAUCAGUAUAAGCUCUUGUGUAUAAGUAAAUGCUCUUUCUUUUUUUUUCUUAAAAAAAAAAGAAUGUAUAAUAUAAGAGGAUAUAAGAAAGUGAGGUGCGUGAGGAAGUGUGCCGCGUGAUGAAAAAAAUAUAAAAGGAAAAGAAAAAAAUAUACAAAUGGCCAUAAUACACAGAUCUGUAAGCGUAACGAAUUUAAGAUUGUAUAACAGAGUGCGUGUGAAAAACGUAUGUAUGCGUGCGCGCGCGCGUGCGUGCGUGUGUGUGUGCGGUGUGUUCGCAAGCGUAAAGAGGAAGCGUGUGAAAGAAAACUAAUCGCUAGCCUUUAAGAGAAAACCCAACACCUUGUCGUAAGUUUGUAGCGUAAGGUACCGCUGAGUCAUACCGCGACCGAUUGUCAGAUCGUUGUUUAUUUUUAUCCUUUUUACACGCGUAUCCCAUUGUACCGUUUCGCGAGGGUGGAUCGACCCGAUGCUUUCGUUUGCCCAUUUCACGAGAGUUAUAACGGUCAACGGUGUAAUUGUUUCGAUCACCGAAGAUUGGAAUUGUGAUAACGCUUCUUGUGCAGUGGCUGGACCAUAACAUUGGAUCGCGGUAUAGCGCAGCGGUCGAGUAUACAUGUGAAAUGCAAACAUUAUCAUUCUCAUUUUCUUCCCUGUAGUACACAGUAAGUGUUGUAAGUCCCUUUACCGAGUGGCGGUUAACGAAAGAGAGAAUGUAAUCGAGGGGGGGAGGGAGACGUUGGUGUUUUUUUCGCGUCGUGCCAACGCCGUGAGCGCGGUAAUUCUGCGAAAAACGAGUCACGAUGCGAGGAGAGCGAGGAUUUCGUUACAUUUUUUCAAGAAAAAAACAAAAAAAACGAAUAAAAAAUAAACGUCACGUAUCAUAUAUGUAUAUAUUAUAUAUAUUAUAUAUGUAUAUAUUAUAUAUAUUAUAUAUUAUAUAUAUAUACACAUAUAUAUACAUAUAUAUGCAUGUAUGUAUAUACAUUUUAAGUGGUAUGCAUCCCGUUCCUCUCAUCUUCUACUCCGCACACUCUUCGCCGUGAGUUUUGUCCCGUCGCGUGGGAUCCGCUCAUCAAGAUAGUAUCCACGCGGCUGACACAUAUCUUCACGAAAGGAUGCUCAUCUCUUCCCUUUUGCGAAAAAAAAAAAAGAAAAAAAGGGGAGGUGUAUUAUCAAGCGCGCGACAAGCGCAUCCUUUUUUUACGAAAAAUGGGAGAGCUAUUGUCAAGCACAGGUUAUUGUGUUCGAGAUCACCGGCAGUCAUUGGUUUUGACGAAACGUUCAAUUCUAUUGGGAGGGAGGGAGGGGAAAAGGAAAAGAGUGUGCGGCUCGACUCGACAAGAGCUGAUUUUCCAUCACUUUUUCUUAUUCUUGUAAUCGUAGUAGGUAUAUCGAUCGAAGGGUGGGACAGUAAGAGAAAACUGGAGAAUGUAAAUAAGAUUUAUCUCGUAGCUAUAGUGCCUAUAUCCUAAAAGAACUAGAUCGAUAGAGAUAGUUGCUCCCCGGUUUUCAUCCUACCCCCAAUCUACCUUCCCACCGCAUCUUUCCCACAAAACUCAACCGCACGUCCCUGACACAUUUUCACGGCCUUCUAAACCGACACCAUCCCUCUUGUCCGUCCCUCUCCUCUUCCUGCAAAUCGAAACAUUCCUGUCCAAAUCAACCUCCAGUCCUCAUCCCAUUCUCCUCCCUCUCCCACGUCACAAUCCCUACUUCCACGCGUCCCCAAAAAAAUUGUUAUAAAACGAGAAAAAAUGGCCAAAAAAUAUUUUUUAUUUUUCAUACCCACUUGUAUGUAGAACAUAUACGAUAUAUUUUUUUGACACGGUUGAGGAGACGGAGCUUGAUUGCGAAGAAAGAAGGGAGCGGUCGUGUCGCAAUCCCAGGAUCGUUCUCCGUAGAUUCCGAUUGAAAAUAUCCGGGAGAAACAUCGGGGGAUGCGACGGCCUCUCCUUUAUUCCUUGCGUUUGGUGCGAUAUCUUACUGCUUAGUAUUAGAAAUUUUGUAAACCGAAGUCGCUCUUCAGUUUUGCGAGAGAGGGAGAGAGUGUGAGAGAGAAAGAGAGAGAGAGAAAACGUUCGAGAACAAGGGCUGAAGUCCAUUUAACAACGUGCUCACAUACAACUUUCAGAACUGUCACGCAAAAGAGUUUACGCUUUUCUUUUUAAUGGGAAUUGAUAUUAAGCUCCGAGAUAUUUUUCCGAUUUUAUUCUGCAAGAUUUAAUCAUAUGAAUCGUUUGAUUUGGAUUUCUUUUUUGAAUGAACAUUCGUGUUGUCGACAUUUCUCUCUUUUAAGUAUACGAAUGAUAUUAUCUAAAAUUCUAAAAAACAAAAAAAAAGGGAAAAUACAAUAGUACACCGUGAGCACGUGAGGCGAUAAUUUUUCUCGUACGUACUUUUAUCCGUAUUUUAAGUGGCGCGCGUUAGUAGCCUAGCGCGCGAGAAACAUGUAAAUGUUGAGACUGGAUUACGAACGUACAAAAAUACCUUAUACUUGUAAACAAGACAUGUUAAUCACUUCGCGAUUCGAUCAACGCGUACGAUCGUCCGGGUGAGCGAGGAAACGCUCGUAACGAUGGAUCUGAUUCGAUCCACGCGCGACAGUUCUUACGACUCGAAUAUUCGAUCCACGUAUCUGAUUGCAGACCGGCAAUGGCGUGAUUUGAUGAAAAAGAAAAUCUGAUUUGUCAUUAAUUCUUCACACGAUUGAUCAUUAAAAUGUAUAUUUUUUAAGUGAAA